AUGCUCAGAGAGAUACAGCAGGUGCUGCGGUUUUUCACGCUUUUUGGAAAGAAACGGCAUCAAGAUGGUUUGGACGCGAAAGGAGGGCUUUUAGUACUUCUAUGGACGGACACAGGAGAUUCAUUUCAAAGUCUAAACUGUACUGUUGCAGCAGCUGGUUACUGGUGCAAAGGGAUUAGCAAGGAACUCCAACCUGCUUUGAAGGAGAGCAUGUUUUCCCGUGCGUGUCCUCCACCUGACCCUGAUGAGCUGUGUGCCUUCACUGAACUAUACGGUCCAAUCAGAUUGCUUCUGUCUUUUCAGAUGAACGAUGCAACACUUUUCCGUCCAGAGUUGUGUGCUCGUAUAGAAGCGUUUCUACACACGUACAGUUUGGCUAACCUAAGGAUUAAAACCCACUUCAAGUUCAAAUUCAGCCAGCAGACCUUCCAGCGAGACUUUAGCUACGACAACAGAGCGAAAAUCAAGAAUGCAGCAAUAGGAAACCAAUGGUCACUGUAUCUGGAUGUCACCUGUAAAACACAGCCUCCAGAGUGUGUGAAGAAAGGAUGCUGGUGUCAUGGAGGACACCCUCUCCUCGGACGCUGGUUGCCCCUCAGUGUCCCCCCUGAAGCCAUGGACCAGGGCCUGUUUGGGGAGCUCAGCAUGCAGCCCGUCACACUGCUGAGCCCCUGUGUACUGCAGUACCCUAAUCUGGCAACACAACUCACACACAUCCAAAUAUCCUUUGCUGUGUUGGUGUACGGCCCCAGUAAUGUUCCCCUCACAGGGCCCUCCAUCUUCUUCCAGAACCUCCCUGCUAAUCUGGACUGUCAGGACCUGGGGCUGUGCGGCAUUCACUGCUCCUCCGUUAAAGACAGCGAUGGCACCGUGUACACAGUAGAGCAGGAGCAGGAGGAUCUGGAGCAGGAAAGUGUCUCCUCGAUACAGCAGAGUCUCCUGCUCUACGUCUUCCUGCAGCACGGGGACCCCUUCGCCUCCGAGCUCUCUGAUAUGAUGGCCACAGAGGUGCUGAUACAGCGCCACCUGGAGGAUAUUCUGAACAACAACAGGCAGGCCGUCACAAGAGCCCUACAGACUGAGCUGAAGGACGCACUGAAAGCCCAAAAUCUAAGAAAACAGAGCCAACAGAGGAUGCGUUCAGCAGCAAAGGUGAUUCUCAGUUCCUCCAUCAGUAUCGUGAGCUCCAGCUCUAACAUGGACUUCAGAAACGCCUGUCUCAACAGCAUGAAGGUGAGGGACACUCACUACCUGAGCGCCUCCCUCCAUGAAUCCUUGAGGAGGGUGACAUCGUGGAAAUUCGCUCCUAGGUGCAGGUGCCCCUCAGCUCAGGUAGAAGAAGAAUCUGAGGGGGAGGAUCCCACCGGAAGAGAAAUCUGAGUUGAAGGGUUUGAAAGGAGUUCACAUGGAAAUUAUUAUUUCUGCAGUUCAAUGUGUGCCAGUAGGGCUUUUGUUAAUGUAGUGGUGAUAGAAAUAGAAAUUAACUUUUUACUAAAAAACAAAAUGUAUCCUUUCUUAUCAUAGUUUGUGUUUUACAUCAGAUCUUUUUUUAUAAACACUUUUGAAAAAACUAAACAUUUCAAGCUGAGAUUUACACUGAACUGAAAUUGUGAUCUGAGAUGAUGUUUUUGAAUUUUUGUAUAUGUACCCCUCAACAAACAAUGUAAUGUUACUUCUACUCAACUUUAUAUCAAAGGGAAAUAUUUUACAUUUUAAAAAUGUAAAGAUAACUUUAGUAACUUUACAAAUUCAGUUGUACUUCAAUGUGUACAUUUGUAUUGAGACUGUAAGGUUGCUUAAUAUAGUACUGUACUUCACGCUAUUGUUUAUGAGUUUAAAACAAGUUAAGCUAGAUAAACAAGACUGGUUACUCA